CCAAGCAUUUUCACAGAUCAAUGCAAGAAGGUCAACAAAGAACAUUCAAACUCCUUUGGGUCAAAAUUUUAUAGAGGUUGACCGUUAUUGCAAUCCCUCCUCCAUUUUAUAUAUAUACCUUGAUGAGUUUUCAGAUCCCAUGAAAUAACAAAGUAAAUAUUCAUAUGAAACAAUAGAGAAAAGAUCAGAUGGCAACAUGCUCAGCAAGACAUCCCCAACUAUUCAUCUUUAUCUUUUCUUUUUGUUUUCUCUCUCUUGCUUGUGGGAGGGUGGUCACUCCGAACUUUAAGGUUCGAGCUGUUAAUCUUGGAGGUUGGCUUGUUACAGAAGGGUGGAUUAAACCAUCUCUCUUUGAUGGCAUCCCCAACAAAGAUUUCUUGGAUGGAACUGGGCUGCAGUUUAAAUCAGUAACAGUUGGAAAAUAUCUCUGCGCCGAGACCGGCGGAGGAACAAUCAUAGUUGCUAACCGAACAUCCCCUUCCGGAUGGGAAACAUUCAAGCUAUGGAGGAUCAAUGAGACCAGUUUUCAGUUCAGGGUGUUCAACAAACAAUUCAUUGGACUGGACAGUACUGCUGGGAAUGGGAUUACUGUAGUAGCUGUUGCAACAACACCCGGUGGAUCGGAGACGUUUCAGAUUGUGAGAAAACCCGAUGAUUCAAGCCGUGUUCGAAUCAAAGCACCAAAUGGGUUGUUCUUACAGGUAAAGACAGAGGAGAUUGUUACAGCUGAUUUUAAAGGGGAUGGUGGAUGGAGAGAUGACGACCCAUCUGUGUUCGUGAUGACAAUCAGCGGAAGAAUGCAAGGCGAGUUCCAAGUGACGAAUGGCUAUGGUCCGGUCAAGGCAUUGCAAGUCAUGAGGGAACACUGGAGCACGUUUAUAGUCGAAAAAGAUUUCAAGUUCAUAUCGAGCAAUGGGUUAAACGCCGUGAGAAUUCCUGUUGGGUGGUGGAUAGCGAGUGAUCCAACGCCCCCAAAGCCUUAUGUUGGGGGAUCCUUGCAAGCCUUAGACAACGCCUUCCUGUGGGCACAGAAAUAUGGGCUUAAUGUUAUAAUUGACCUUCAUGCUGCACCCGGUUCACAAAAUGGUUUCGAGCACAGCGCAUCCAGAGACGGUUCUCAGGAAUGGGGACUUACCGAUGACAAUAUACAACAAACAGUUGCAGUUAUAGAUUUCUUAACUGCUAGGUAUGCGAAGAACCCAAGUCUCUAUGCAGUUGAGCUGAUCAAUGAGCCUCUUUCACCUGGUGUAUCUCUAGAGAACCUGAUCAAAUACUACAAGGGCGGAUACGACGCUGUCCGUAGGCAUUCUUCCACAGCUUUUGUGGUGAUGUCAAACAGAUUAGGACCUGCUGAUCCCAGAGAGCUCUUCUCUCUUGCCAGUGGCUUGAGCGGGUCUGUUAUUGAUGUCCACUACUACAACCUGUUUUCUGAUGUUUUUGACAACAUGACUGUCCAGCAAAACAUUGAGUUCAUCGACACCAACCGUUCAGCGCAGCUGAGCUUUGUCACCACAUCAAAUGGACCUCUCACUUUCGUUGGGGAGUGGGUAGCAGAGUGGCAAGUUGGUGGGGCAACAAAACAGGACUAUCAGAAUUUCGGCAGGGCGCAAUUACAAGUGUAUGGGCAGGCAACAUUCGGGUGGGCUUACUGGACUCUAAGGAAUGUGAACAACCAUUGGAGUCUCGAUUGGAUGAUCAAGAAUGGUUAUAUCAGGCUUUAGAUUUUCUUUCAGACUUUCCCAUUUUUCUGAUUUAGUAAAACCACUGAAUUUCACGUACCCAAUUGUUACCAUCAAGAAUAAAUGCUUUGACAUUCCUCUAAUCCCAAGUAGCUCUUUUGUCACUCUACAAUCUUAGAAAACAUACUAGUGAUCGAGUGUAAAACUUCCUAGAAAUGAAUUAUUAAGAGUAUAUUACAUAUAUUAUUUGC